GAGCAUGAAUGGAGGAGGGUCAGAGAGAGGGAGACACAGAAUCUGAAGCAGGCUCCAGGCUCCGAGCUGUCAGCACAAAGCCCGAUGCGGGGCCCGAACUCACAGGCUGUAAGAUCAUGACCUGAGCCAAAGUCGGAUGCUUAACCGACUGAGCCACCCAGGCGCCCCAAAAGAUUACCUUUUUACAAUACUCACUUUCAGAAUGACAUCCAGUAUUUAUGAGGUCAUCAUAAUGAUAGGAACAUCAAGCACGUGGGCAUUCUGAAAAAUCAUGCUGUAAAUUGUGAUUUUUAAGCUAACAACAAAAAGCACUGUCUUAAACCUACCCUGUUUUCUGUGAGGCAAAGAAUCAUAGUUUUUCCUGUCAUUGAACAACUGAAAUUUGUUGAUGUUGGAAAAUGAAAACACUAGCAGAAAGGAGGAGGAGUGCGCCAUCUCUUAUCCUGGAUAAAGCCCUACAAAAAAGGCCCAGUACCAAGGAAAGCCCUUCUGCCAGCGUGGACACGUGUACAUUUCUCUCAUCGUUCGUGUGCUCCAGUAGGACCUUGCUAAUUGAUGGCCGGGUAGAACUCAAAAGAGGCCUGCAGAGACAGGAGCGGCAUCUUUUCCUGUUCAAUGAUCUGUUUGUUGUGGCCAAAAUCAAAUAUAACAACAACUUUAAGAUAAAAAAUAAAAUUAAAUUAAGUGACAUGUGGACAGCAAGCUGUGUGGACGAAGUGGGAGAAGGCAACACCAAUGCCCUGAAAUCGUUUGUCUUGGGCUGGCCCACAGUGAACUUCGUGGCCACUUUCAGGAGACAGAGUACAUCAUCACAUCUCAAAAAAGACCAGAAGGAAUUUCAUAUCUCUUGUACCCUGAUCCUCAAACCUAGGAUCUAUAUCCACCAGAAAAACAGUUCUCCAGAACAAAAGGACAAAUGGCUCUCUCUCCUUCAGAGGUACAUCAAUCUAGAGAAAGAGAAGGACUACCCGAAGACCAUUCCCCUCAAAAUCUUCGCCAAGGACGUUGGGAAUUGUGCCUACUCUAAAACUAUAACAGUAAGGAAUUCAGAUACAGCAAAUGAAGUUAUCAACAUGUCACUACCAAUGCUAGGGAUAACUGGCUCUGAGAGAGACUACCAGCUUUGGGUCAAUUCUGGCAAAGAAGAGGCACCAUACCCACUUAUUGGGCAUGAAUAUCCCUAUGGAAUUAAAAUGAGCCAUCUUCGGGACACUGUGCUCCUGACACAGGGAUCGAAGGACAGCAGCACGCCGUCCGGCCUCCAGGAGUCCUUCCUCAUGGAGCAGCUGCCCCGAGAGCUGCAGUGCCAGUUCAUCCUGAAGCCCAGCCGCCUGGCCGCAGCCCAGCAGCUGAGCGAUUCAGGACAGAAGACAUUUAAAAGGAGAAGGUCUCUCAUAAACUGGGCCUUUUGGCGGGGGUCUAGCAUUCAUCUGGAUAACUUGCCCGUGUCACCAACAUCCCCUCUGCCGGGGCAGCUCUUUGGAGUUUCUCUGCCAAAUAUCUGUGAGAACGACAAUCUGCCCAAACCUGUCUUGGAUAUGCUUUUCUUUCUUAAUCAAAAAGGACCCCUCACAAAAGGUAUCUUCCGACAGUCGGCCAAUGUGAAAUCCUGCAGAGAGUUAAAAGAGAAACUGAAUUCUGGAGUUGAAGUACACCUAGACUGUGAAUCUAUUUUUGUGAUAGCAUCUGUCUUAAAGGAUUUUCUGCGAAAUAUUCCAGGAAGUAUUUUUUCAUCAGAUCUCUAUGAUCAUUGGGUCUGUGUAAUGGAUCAAGGAAAUGAUGAAGAGAAAAUAAAUACAAUUCAAAGGCUAUUAGACCAGCUCCCGAGAGCCAAUGUUGUUCUCCUAAGGUAUCUUUUUGGGAUAUUACACAACAUUGAGCAGUGUUCCUCGUCCAAUCAGAUGACUGCAUUCAAUUUAGCGGUGUGUAUAGCUCCAAGCAUUCUGUGGCCUCCUACUUCCUGCAGCCCAGAACUAGAAAAUGAAUUUACAAAAAAGGUUUCUCUGCUUAUCCAAUUUCUGAUUGAAAAUUGCUGUAGGAUAUUCGGAGAAGAAAUCACUUCCCUCUUAGGAGAGGUUUCAGUGAGGUGUGAUGCUCAAGAGAAUGCGUCAGAUAUCUCUUGCUUCCAACUGAACGACUCCUCCUAUGACAGCUUGGAAAAUGAGCUAAAUGAGGAUGUCGAUGCUCCUUGUAGUGACUUGGUGAAGAAACUUGGUCAGGGUAGCAGAAGCAUGGACUCUGUGUUAACUCUCAGUGACUAUGACCUUGACCAGCCUGAGGUGGAAGGCCUCUUAACCCUGAGCGACUUUGACUUAGACCGUUCUAAAGAUGAAGACAUUCAAAUGGAACGGCCUCUUGAACCCAAGCCGGUGGACCUCACGGGAGUGUAUGCAAAGGUCCCACUGCGGGAUCAGGCCCGGGCCCCGUCGGGCCUGAGCACUCCUGGCUACCUGUCCACAGCUGCCGCAGGGGUUCCAAAAAGCCUGAGGCGACACCGACGCUCCUCAGAGCCCAGCAUCGAUUAUCUAGAUUCUAAGCUUUCGUAUCUCAGGGAAUUUUAUCAGAAAAAGCUACGCAAGUCCAGCUGUGAUGCAAUUCUCUCUCGAAAAGAUGAGGAUUAUCUGAAGCAAAAUCAACCCCUCCAGGAAGAGGGUAAGACAUGUUUUAAACAGAGUUUAGUCACAGGCACUGAUACCAAGAAAAACGCCACUAAUAAAAAUGUUAAGAAGAAAAGCUUGUCUGGUAAUGAAGGAAAUCAUGUGAAACUCUUUUCUAAAUCCAAGCCAGUGGCCAUUUCUGUGGCAUCUUACAGUCACAUGUCGUCUCAGGACCAUCCCGGGAGCCAGCCCUUCGGCACAGACACAUCUGGAUACUCCCCGACACACACAGCGGAUGCCCUCAAGAGCUCGCGGAGGCACCGGCGCUGCUCGGAGCCCAGCAUGGAUGACCAGCACUGCAAACUGACCUAUCUCAGGGGAAUUUAUUCAAAGAAACAGCAUAAAACCAGCUGCGGAGCCGGUCUCCUGCACGGAGAGGAAGCUUAUCUGGAGCGGCACAAGUCUUUGCAAAUGGAGGGGCAAAAGCUCAUUAACCAGAGUUUGGUGAUGGGGAUUGAGGUGGGCAAGAGCAGUAGCACAAACAGGAACACCGAGAAGGGCUUGCCCCCAAGACUAAAUGUUUGCCCGCGGACCAGCUACUCCAGCUUGUCCUCCCCAGGCACUUCCCCCUCUGGCUCGUCAGUGAGCUCCCAAGACAGCGCUUUUUCUCAGAUUUCGGAACACUCUGUGUUUACCCCCACUGAAACUUCCUCUCCAAUAGAUUGCACUUUUCAAGCUCCAAGAAAACAGGAAGAGCUUGCUUCUGAUUUUAGCAAUUCCAGCCUCAUUUCUGCAACUCCUGGUCCCUCAUCAGGGCAGGCCAGCAGCCGCCUGGCGUAUACGAAAAAGGAUGUUGUAGAGUGGCACUCACAAAUACAUUCUGUAACUCUUCACCCAAGCACAUGGUUGAGAAAUGGUGUGGCCAGUUUGAAAAACUGGUCCCUCAAAAAGAAGGCAAGGGCGUCCAGACCAGAGGAGAAGAAAGUAAGUUCUCUAAAAGGACCCAUGGAGCCACCUCCCUAUGCUUCUGGUAUUUCAGAAGCCAGCCCACUGCAAGAGACACAGGAAGACAUGCCCCAAAGGGCAGCGGAAGGGCUUGGAGCUGUGCAGACAGCCCAGUGGUAUAGCUCGUACCCCAGCCAGGACUCAGAGAAGCACUGUAGCUCUCCAUUCAGCCUGGUGGAGGAUGGACUCAAGCUUUGUGUGAAGUCACACAAGGAAGGAGAGAGCAGUGAGCAGCGCUCUCCUGGUACUCUGCCUUGUAAGAGAUCCUCACCCAGCUCUUUGACUGUGGAUGAUGCACCCAGCCCAGACUUGGGGCCUACAGUGGUUUGUGAUAUUGGGGACCAGCAUUUAACCAAAGACGUUUAACCAUAGUUAGAACGUGAUAUGUACAAGAGCAGAAACUGGGCUAAUAAUGACAUAAAGACAAGAGUACUAUGACCCCUUUGUAUAAAAUACGUGGGAUGGGUAGCAUAAGGAUAAUCAUUGCUAACACUUAGGACAACAAAAGAAUUCUCUUCACUGAGACUAUUUGGCAAAAAGUUUAGACUAACAAAUUUCAGCUCCUGUUUGGGAGGCUUUUCCUUAUUAGAGCAUGGGAUUGGUCCUAUCAUGUGUUUUUAGAGAUAACUAGCAGGGGGCCAGAGAAAACAUCUUCUGUAGGGAGAAUAUGGCCUACGUGUUGAGUGAGAUUCAUAUCCUGAGGCCAGGAUAUCAUAAGUGAAGAAUAAGGACUGUGGAAACGGGGAGGGUGCAGAGAAACGUCCGUGUUCCGUGGAAUAUGUUUAAUAACUAAGCAAGAAAAGGCCACUAAUCAAAGUAUUAAAAAAAAAGAAAGUAUGUCCAGUAAUGAAGGAAAUCAUGUGAAACGUUUCCCUGAAUGCAAGCCACUAGCCACUUCUGUGACAUUUUCUAGUCACGUGCCAUCACAGGAAGACUCCAGGAGUCAGCCCAUUGAUGCAGCUAGAAUGGAAUAAACUAGAAUAUCCAAGAGCCAUGAGUAUGAUAGUUUAUUUGUUGGUUGUGUUGGUUGGUUUUUCUGUUGGUGUUCCACUGUUCUUCCAAGGCUCCAGGACACAGGGCUGUGAGGAGGAAGAAGGAAAUGGUUGCUUGUUUCAGGGUCCUUUUUAAAGAUGCCAGUGCUAGGAACAUUCUCCAGAAAUGCAACUUUUCCUAUUAGGAGGCGACCUCCUGACCUCAUCCACUAUCCUAGUGAGGCAAAGAGGGCCACACGAAGCUGCUGCCAGCAUGCACUCGAUGAAGGCUCCUCUUUGCUGUGCUGGGUGGUGUUUUUCCACAGCCCUGCCUCUUUGAUUAGCAGCCAGAAACAAUUACUGGUAAAUCAUCCCCUUUCUGACGGCCACUGGCAGUUGAGAGAGCGGUUUUAAAGUUGGCAGUUUACAAAGAGUCACAGAAUGGAAUCCCCACCAAAGUAGCAGUCAGGCCUUCCUCUCAGACAGUCAUUGGCUUUGGAUUUUCUUACCUCCACAAGUUUUAUAUACUUUUGUCCCAGAGGAUUCAUGGUUUACAUCCCAUUAGUUUAUCUCACAUCCAUCAAUGCUUCUCCCCUCUCUGACCUUAAAGGUCAUACCUGUACAUCUCCUGGAUUAUCUCCACGGAUUCUUAGGCCUCCCAGCCAGUAUGAAAGGAUAGAAUCAGGAAUGGAUGUGCAUCUCCCUUCAUUUCAGCUACUUACAAGAAGUUGCUUAGAACCCAUUUAGUCUCUAAUUCACCAUCAGAUGGACCUUUCUCCCACAAACUAGCUUAUCCCCAAUUAUUUUUCUUAGCCACUAGGAAACUUUCAUGUCAAAUGUUCUUUCCCUGUUGUCCUAAAGGUUUCCUUUUUCAGUUAUAGAAAAAAAAAUAAUAAUGUUUUCUGUAAAGUAGAAGUCCUUUCAGUAUUAGCUGUAAGUGCUGCCUACCUCUGUGGGACAUGGCCCGUGUUGGCCCUAAGCAUUGUAAUUAACUUUCAGAACUCUGUUUCCAAAGAGCUCCUUCAUGACACUGGCCAUCUCAGUCACAGAUGUGAAGUAGAUUGUACCUUAUAAACAGCCACUCCUGUAUUUAGACUCCUGAGUGUCCAUAUGCAUCUUUUGUGGUAUAAUAUCUAAAGGCAAUAGGGAUUCAUUUCCCUUACCCUUAGGGCUUACUACUGUUGGAACUGCAAGAUGUGAAUGACAUUCUUACAGCUUGGAGUGUCUUUCUGGAAGAAAUUGUUUCUCCACUUACAAAAUAAUAGCUCUGUCCUUUUUUCUUUCAUAUGGGUGGGUAGAAAAUUAUCUACCCAAUUUGAAGCAUAGAAGAAAAUAGAUGCUGAGGUUUUCAAUAACUAUUCCUAUUCGCUGUGUUCCCUUAGAUACUCCUGUAAUAUUUCAUGUGAAUAGUUUGUUAAUAUUGCUGUAAAGUAUUAUAUUGUAUGAUUUGAAGACAGACUACAUGUCAUUUUAUUAUACUCUGUCAAUCUAUAAUAUAUUAGACUGAUGCUUUAUCUAAAAUGCUUUGAGUUUGUAUAAUAUAUCUUGACAAAUUUUACUACCAUAUGUAAUGUAAUAAAUGUGUAUUUUUGUACUUGCAGAAACUGCUGCUAACUUUUAAAGUUGUUUGGUUUUCAAGGCACUGAUAAUGGAUAUGUAUGAAGUCCAUGCUGUCUAUUAAAUAAUAAAAAAUAUACAUGCUGUAGAGUUAA